CCCAGAAAUUAUCUCGUAACCUACAUUUCCUCGUGCCAUUGGCCAACGAAAAAUCUUACCACCUUCCAACGUCAUUCAAUAGCCCCAAAAAUGAUGGCAAAUUGCAUGAGAAAAAUUGGCCAAGAGGCAUCACGACGUAACUACGCCACAUGGAAAGAGGUUUUUUCUGCAUUUUCGAGUGGCAAAAAUGGAUACGCUACCGAGGCCUCCUUCGAGACGAAGCCCUACAGACUCCACAAAUUAGACUCUGGUCCCUCCACCCAGGUGUCCUGCACCCGGGAGGAGGCACUCGAGCUCUACAAAAAAUUGCACACGAUUAGGCGAAUGGAAACAGCCGCUGGCAAUCUCUAUAAAGAGAAAAUCAUCCGAGGAUUCUGUCAUCUGUACUCAGGACAGGAAGCUUGUGCAGUAGGCAUGGUAGCAGCCCUGAAGCCCCAGGACUCUGUAAUCACAGCCUACAGAGCCCACGGAUGGACCUAUCUCAUGGGAAUUCCCCCAGUUGGAGUUCUAUCCGAAUUAACUGGACGACAGAGUGGAAAUGCCAGAGGAAAAGGUGGCUCUAUGCACAUGUAUGCGAGAAAUUUCUACGGAGGAAAUGGAAUCGUUGGAGCCCAGGUGCCACUGGGUGCAGGAAUAGGCUUUGCUCACAAAUACAAAAAAGACGGUGGAGUUUGUCUGGCACUUUAUGGAGAUGGUGCAGCAAAUCAGGGGCAGAUAUUCGAGGUGUACAAUAUGAGUAAACUCUGGGACGUUCCAACAAUAUUUGUAUGUGAAAAUAAUGGAUAUGGUAUGGGUACAAGUGCCGACCGAGCUGCAGCGAGUACAGAGUAUUAUACACGAGGAGAUUACGUUCCAGGAAUCUGGGUCGAUGGUAUGGAUGUGCUAGCUGUCAGAGAAGCGACAAGAUUUGCCCUGAAUUAUUGCAGAUCUGGAAAAGGUCCUCUAGUUAUGGAAACCGUCACCUACAGAUACAGUGGACACAGUAUGUCUGAUCCUGGCACAAGUUACAGAACAAGAGAGGAAAUCCAGGAGGUACGACAGACUCGUGAUCCACUCACUAGUUUCAAAGAGAAAAUUCUCAAUGCCAAUCUCGUCACUGCCGAUGAAUUAAAGACGAUGGAAGCAGAAAUAAGAAAGGAAAUAGACGAAGGAGUAAAGUACGCAAAAUCCGACAAAGAAGUCGACAAUCACGAAUUAACAACCGACAUCUACGUCAACAGCCUAGAGCCAGAGAUUCGAAAUGUAACUCCAUUCGGUUCACUAAAGCACAGCCGAUUGGGGCCAGCAGUGAAUGCAUCAUAAACCCAAAAUUAAUAUUACUAGUUAAUUUAUUUUGAUAAAAACAAAAAAAAGAACAAAAGAUAAACGAGAAAAUUACUGAGGGAACUUUGAAUAAUGACGGAAGCUAAAUUAUUAUCGAUAAUUAUCAGUGCACGUAAUUGUUCAUUAGGAAAAUCGGGAUAAUUUCCACUGACAAUUCCAACCAACAUCAAUUACCAAUCAGUAGUAAUUAAUUAUUAAUAUAAUAUGAAUUAUCAGUACGAAAUGCAGAUAAUUUACAAAUUAUUUCGCUUGUAAUCUCAUGUAUAAUUGUACAGUUAUCGUUUAAUUACGGAAUUGUCGAGUGGAUGGAGCAUCGUACGUGAAUAAUCUGAGAAUCGAUGGAACAAUUGUAUGAUGUCUUGUACCUGAUCGCAAUACCGAUAUUCUCGUAAAACGAGAGCCUGUUUAAAUUAUUAAAGAUGAUUCUAGAGUCUAGAAUCUAGACGAAUCCGCCAAA